AGCAGAUAAUCAAUUCUUAAACCCCAAAAGCCAUGUGAUUCUAAUCCCAAUCACACCCACAUGAACUAAAUAAAACUAUGCCUACGCGUAAUCUGGUUUGAAUUUUCUCAGCAACCCACUUUUUUUUCCUUCUCCCCUUUACUAAUCUAUUACUUCUUAGAAACAUUGACUUCCCCAAAAACAAAAUUAAAUGCUCUCUCCCCUUUAGAGUCCAAGCUUCAAUCAUUCACUCUCCUAAAAGGAAACCAACCAGAAAAAACCAAAGGAAUCAAAAGGAAAGAAGAGCCGAUUUUUUCCAAACCUGAAGUGUUGCAGGGGGUUUGAAUUGGUCAGCACUUUUCACUUUGGACCCUUCCCAAUCCCAAAUCUCUCUACUCCACCACUACCACACACACACUCAAACAAGCUCUUCUUCAAUAUCCUCUUCUGGGUGACCAAAGACUAGUCCAAGAAUUGAAUAAAAUAACUCGGUUUCUCUCCACAGUCAAAUAUUCAAACUUCCAACAGUGUCCACCAUGUGUGCAUGUAUAUAUAUAGCUCAUGGAUCCCUUCUUCACUCUCCAUCCUACCUUCUCUUCUUCCAAACCCACCAAGCAGAAGCAAAAAAGAUUCAAACUUUCUGCUACCCAUUACCGUUUUCGGGUUCUUACUUCUCACUCAAGGUACUUCCAUGGUAUUGGGUGUUCUUCCUGAUUCAUAUUCCCAACUCUGGUCAUCCCAAUUCUCUGAUCACAGCAGCAUUCUGCAGAAGUUUGAAGCUUUGGCUUCUGACGAACCAAGUGGCUCGAUUCUAGAUUAUGCUUGAAGGCUGCUGACGCUGCUUGUCGGUUUGUUUCUGUUGGAGAUUGGCUGGUUCAUAAAAAAGUUGGGGUAGCCAAAGAAAAGAAAGAGCAGACUGAUGGAAGGAGGAGGGUGGAGCUGGGAACAGAGAACACUGGUGAAUGAGCUGAUCCAAGGGAUGGAAUUUGCAAAACAGCUGAGCUUUCAUCUCGAGGGGUCAUCUUCGGUUGAGAAUGCUGAGAUUUUGGUGCAGAGGAUCUUGUCUUCUUAUGAGAAGGCUCUGCUGAUUCUCAAUUGGAGUGGAUCAGUUGGACAUCAACCUCUGCAAGCUGCUGCUGUUACUGCACCAGUAGCUGCUGCAGCUACUGGUUCUGGUUCUGGGGUUCCUGGAUCUCCAUUGUCUACGAAUGGAAGUCCUAGGAGUGAGGAUUUUGAUGGAACCAAGGAUCAUCAAGCUCCCAUUAAUGCCUCCAAGAAGAGAAAGACAAUGCCCAGGUGGACAGAUCAAGUUAAAGUCAGCUCUGAGAAUGGAUUGGAAGGUCCAAUUGAUGAUGGCUAUAGCUGGAGGAAGUAUGGCCAGAAAGACAUUCUAGGAGCCAAAUAUCCCAGAAGCUAUUAUAGGUGCACAUACAGGAACACACAAAACUGCUGGGCUAUCAAGCAAGUUCAGAGAUCAGAUGAAGAUCCUACCAUCUUUGAGGUCACAUAUAGGGGACAACACAGCUGUUCCUUUGGCCAACAGCAAACAGUUGCAACACCACCAGCAGCAUCGCCAGAGAAAAAAGAACAGAUCAAGCACAACUUCAGCAGCAGCAAUCAACAGCAGCCACCGCCUGGAGAAGCUUUGCUUAACUUGCAGAAGGGUCUGAAAGUUGAUACUCGGGAUUUGGACAAGAGAGAGGCAGUGCCUUUCGCUUUUCCUUCCACAUAUGAAUGCCAAAAUAGCAACUUCUCCCAGUCGUUUCUCUCACCAGCCACGCCAGAACCAAACUACUACCAUGUUUCUCCAUUUGUGAACAGCUCUGGAUGGGCACAGACUUUGCAGCAUUCGGAUUCAGAUUUGGCUGAGAUACUCUCAGCUCAAACUUCAGCUACCAGUUCUCCAAUGCUGGACUUGGAUUUCCAACUUGAGCCAUUCGAACUGGUUCCGAGCUUCUCGUACGCCCCCGGAUAUUUCUCUUGAUUCUCUCUCUCUCACUAUGGUCAGUCAGGGACGAUAAGAACGGACACAAAUUUAGUUGCAGGUUGAUCUUUAGAUUGUAUCAUAAAGACAGGAAAAGAAAGACGUGUGUGUAAAGCAGACUAGCUAUAGCUCUUGCAGCUGAGUUUUGAUGUAGCAAUAACAGCAGUAACUGGCUAGUAUUGAAUGGCAAGUUCUGUGUAAUAACACAUGACUGAAGAACCCUUUCGUAGCUUAGAUGUUACAAGCUCCACCAACAGAUGGGAUUAUAACCAAGACAAGAAUAGCCUUUCACCUCCACUCUGUGAACAUACGCAGUAAGAAGAAUCGAUUUCUAGAGGUUCCAUGAAGAGAGAACUACAACAUACUCAAUGACAGCAAAUUUCAUUAAUGCUUGAGCAGUACAUUAGAUUAGCACAUGAACAGCCACUCAUGAUUUCGAUUAUAUACGCGGACAUCAGGGUACCUCCUGACCAAGCAAAAAGCUGAUUUGGUGAUGACGCCAUUGCUACAACUGUCGUAAAGCAUGCACAAGAAGAGCAGAGACUAAGCUUCCAUGGAUCAAGCAGCUAGUCAGAGGUCCUUCUUCUCUGAU